AGGCCUACAGGUUUUGCUGCUACGAAUGGUUUUACUCUACGAUAGACAAGCCUCUCUUUGAAAACGACAACGACGAUUUUUCAAGUCUUCUAAAAGCCUGCUUCCCCAACCUGAAGACGCGGAUGCUGACCAAAGCCCAGUGGGGGCACGUGCGGAGACUAAUGGGCAAGCCAAGACGUUGCUCGGCAGCGUUUUUGGCUCAGGAGCGGCGCUCUCUAGAGGAGAAGCGGAAACUGAUCCGAACCCUCCGAGCGAACAAGCCGGUCGGGUCGUUCAACUACAAGAACAUGGAGUUGCCGCGGGAGAUUCCGGCGGCGCUCACAAUCGGCACCAACGUAACAGCUUGGUUACAUGGCUCUCCUAGUGAGAACAUGUUCGGUUUGUUCACUGGCGUUGUGGAGGCCAUCGACCAGGCCAACGGACAGUACAGAAUACGAUUCGAUCGGAAAGGUCUCGGGACUCACAAUGUACAUGACUGCGAUGUUCUGAGUAACUCGCGUGUGGAGACGAUGCCUAUUUCACCGAUGCCUCCCAUCCCACCUUCUCAUGAAAAGCACAAUUUUCAAUUCAGUCCAUUAUUCACGCCCGGCCUGACACCGCCCAAGUUGGUAACUGGCACUCCGGGUGGCACCUCUCUACCAAGACUGCUCAACGACCCACACAUGGGAGCACAGGGUGUCACGCCAAUCUACAACAGCACGCCCAUCGCAAAACAGUCGGUCCCUGCGAGCUCAACGAACGGCACCGGCAACACGGAAAUGCUGCGUGGCUUCCCAACGGACUUCUUACGUGUCGUGGCUCAGCUGACUAAGAUACUGUCGUUCAAGCGCGAGCGUAUCAACCGACUCAAGGAGCUCAACUCCGAAGCAGAGAGACUGGAUCUUAUCCAGCAGCCGCGCAGUGCAGAGUUUCAGCAGCAGUAUUCCUACGUGCUGCUCGAUCUGGAGGCUCUGAACUUGCAUCUGAAUCAAACCAUGCCCAGGGUGACCAUGUGGUGUGGAAAGCUGAAUCCCAACAGUGUUGAUUUGCCAAUGUCCAUACCGGAUGCGUGCAACAACAGAGCGUCUCAGAUGGUUGACAGCUUCAACGUCAGUCCUAACGGGACUCCACGUGUGCGUAGUGAUCGUGCGGUGCUCCUGAUUACAAGACUUGUGUCACUCCUUCUGCAACUUCAAGAGGCAAGUAGAGGGAACACGGUCAACGCGUAUGAGCUGGGUUGCAUCCACGAGUCGCUGCAGGAACUCAAGAGCAACCCAAACAUUGUCUCAGCGUCCAAUGUUGGGAUGUUUGAGAACAGUGUUGAGGUGCACAUCCAGCACAUCAUGACCGGUCUCUAUCAGCGCGGCUCGCUUUACCAGUACAGCAUGGCGCAGGCGCAGCUGCAGCCAGUGCCACCGCCGGCGCAGCCUCACCAGCCACCGCCACCCCCACCACCACCGGUAUCACAGCUGCAAGCACUGCCACCACAGGCACCACCUCCACCACCACAGCCGCAUUCUCAGCAGCAACAGCAGAGUUCACAAACAGCAUCGCAGCUCCAGCAACCAGUCUUCCAGCAGACGCCGAGAACGCUGCAGGUGCAGCAGACACCGGCAGCCCAGCAGCAACAACAACAACAGCAACAACCUGCCAGCAUACCAGCGUCGGCAGCUGCAAUUGGCCAGCAAGUUGUGAGCAGUCACUUGCACACAAUAUCCCUGUCGGCUCUACCCAGCAUGGCGCCCACCAACGCCAGCUCCAGUACUCGGCCAGCAGAGCAAGACAUGCAGGUACAACCCCAAGCGCAAACAACACAGCAAGCGCAGCAGCAGUUCAUCCCUGUGCCUGCACAGCCGGGUGCGUUUUGAUAACCGCUUUCGUUUUGGAUCGCUGCUGCCCUGUGUCCUGGGUGUUCCGUGACACAUUGCGUUUGGCAGUAUUGUACAAAGCCAUUCUCCUUCCGUCCCCUCCAAGAAGUCAUGUAUUGUCCGUAUCUUGAACUGAUCUGUCAGUCCUGGCCAGGCACCGGUACGUUCCAUCACUGCAGCGCUGCGCAGGUGUCCAGCUAGCCGGCAUGCGGUGUCUGGUUGACGUGCUUGUUUGAAUGCUAGACUGAGUUCUAGCCUAGCCUCACGUCAAUCUCUACUCAGUGAGUACAGUGUCCG